UUCCCCCCAAAUCCACCCUAUAAGAAAACAGAAGAAAAAAAUCUUAAGAACAAGAAACCCUCAAAGCUCUUAAAACUCCCAUCAUAUCUCUUUAUCUAUCUGUUCACUUUUUUUUGUUGUAAUCGGCUUCUCUUUAUGGGGAAGCCAAAAAACCUUGAUAUUCAAAGUUGAUAACAGAGCGGAGAAACUUAAGAGAAUUAAGGAGAUCAUGAUGAUAAAGAAACCACAAAAGAUCAACAUGUUAAUAAGGAAAUCGGUUUAUGAUCUUGAUCGGCGUCUUCUCUUCUUAGUAAUCACUCCUCUUUCGCUUCUUCUUUUCGUUUUCUUCUCAUCUGCACCCAUCAACUCUGUUUUCCCGCUCCGAUCUUUCAUCUUCGACAGAACCAACUCCUCGGGUUUUAUCAGUUUAUGGUCCCGGGGGGCCCCCAAUCGGCUGCACUUUGGGUCGACUCCGUCCAAGGCCGAGUUGGAUAAGUCGAGGAUCGCGGUGUGCUUAGUUGGCGGGGCUAGGAGGUUCGAGCUCACUGGACCGUCGAUCGUGGAGAACGUUCUUAAAGAGUAUCCCAAUUCAGACCUUUUUCUGCACAGUCCCAUGGACAAGAAUGCCUUCAAGUUAUCACUUUUAAAAACUGCGCCGAGGGUCGCCUCGGUUAGAUUAUUUGAGCAGAAAUUCGUGCCGCAGACGGAGGAGCAGUUUAGAGUCCUCACGGCGGCCAACUCUCCUAAUGGUAUCCAGGGUCUUCUACAGUAUUUUAAUCUGGUGGAGGGAUGCAUCACGAUGAUCGAAACAUACCAAAAGCAACACAACUUUACCUACGACUGGAUUGUCCGAACCAGAGUAGACGGUUACUGGAAUGCCCCGUUGUCUCCCCAGAACUUCGUGGCGGGCCAAUACACGGUCCCUUCAGGAUCAGUCUAUGGCGGCCUCAACGACCGCCUCGGCAUCGGCAACUUGCGUACGUCGAAAAUUGCCCUCUCCCGCCUUUCUCUCAUCCCCAAAAUUGACUCGGCUGGUUACAGGCAACUCAACUCGGAAUCAGCGUUCAAAGCCCAGCUCACCACCCUAAACAUAUCCUACGUAGAACACAGAUUGCCGUUCUGCGUCGUGACUGACCGGACGUACGAGUUCCCGCCUGCCCAUUUGGGAGUGCCCGUGGGGGCGCUGUCGAGUCCGGGUCCACUAAGCGGGGCCAAAUGCAGGCCGUGCACUCCGGCGUGUCGAGACCUUUGCGUGGCGAAUAUAAUGUCGUCGCUUGACAAGGGAUGGAGCUGGACCAACUGGGGUAACGGGACUCUCGAGCUGUGCGAUGCUCAUGGCGGCUGGGAGAAAGGAUGGGAGAAGAUUUUCGAUAGAGGAGCUGGUAAAAACUUCGCUGCCGAGAGGAGGCGAGUUAACGUUCUGAAAUUUGAGGAAUGUGUUCGUGAUUUUCGAGAAAUGAUGAGGAAGGCCGUCAAGUGGGAGGCGCCUGCGGUGGAAGAUAUCUGUAGACUCGGCUUGGGGAUGACACGGAGAUGAUUUUUACUAUAGAGCAAAGCUUAGUUUGGGCUAUAUAUCUUUUGGAAUUGUAUUUUUUUUUCCUGCUGUAUGUACACAUGUCCUAAUCUAGCAUUAGCAUAGGUGUAAACGGGAAAGUAGCUUGAGAUUAGUUCUUUAAUUGAUUAUAUUAAUUAAUUCGAGUAGUUUCGAUUU